GUGGUCCGACCAUACCAGACGAUGUCCAAUCCCAUGAGUAAAUUGACAGUGCUCAACAGUAUGCAUUCUCAUUUUAUUUUGGCUGACAAUGGAACUGCUGGUAAAUAUGGAGCAGAGGUGAAACUUCGUAGACAGCUGGAAAAGCACAUUUCACUUCAGAAGAUAAAUACAAGAAUUGGUCAAGGGGUUCCAGUAGUGGCCCUCAUUGUGGAAGGAGGUCCCAAUGUUAUCUCCAUCGUUCUGGAGUACCUGCGAGACACUCCUCCUGUUCCUGUUGUGAUAUGCGAUGGCAGUGGCCGGGCAUCUGACAUCCUUGCCUUUGGUCACAAAUACUCUGAAGAAGGAGGACUUAUCAACGAGUCUUUGAGAGACCAGUUGCUAGUUACCAUACAGAAGACUUUCACAUACACCCGAACCCAGGCACAGCACCUCUUCAUUAUCCUCAUGGAGUGCAUGAAGAAGAAGGAGCUGAUCACAGUAUUUCGCAUGGGAUCAGAAGGACACCAGGAUAUUGAUUUAGCUAUCCUGACAGCAUUACUGAAAGGAGCUAACGCAUCUGCUCCGGACCAGCUGAGCCUAGCAUUAGCCUGGAACAGAGUAGACAUCGCCCGCAGUCAGAUCUUUAUUUAUGGGCAACAGUGGCCGGUGGGCUCCCUUGAGCAAGCAAUGCUGGAUGCACUGGUGUUGGACAGAGUGGAUUUUGUGAAAUUACUUAUAGAAAAUGGAGUAAGCAUGCAUCGUUUUCUCACCAUCUCCCGGCUAGAGGAAUUGUACAAUACGAGACAUGGACCAUCCAACACUCUGUACCAUCUAGUCAGGGACGUCAAGAAGCGAGAAUAUCCAGGUUUCGGUUGGAUCUAUUUUAAGGGAAACUUACCUCCUGAUUAUCGGAUAAGUCUGAUUGAUAUUGGUUUGGUGAUAGAGUACCUGAUGGGAGGAGCAUAUCGCUGUAAUUACACCCGAAAAAGGUUCAGAACACUGUACCACAAUUUAUUUGGGCCCAAGCGGGUAAGAA